CACGACUCGACGCCGACAAGACAAGAUGUGAGUCUGCCAAGCGAUGGUGUUCUGUGACGCUGCUGGGAGCACCGUGCUCGCGAUGAGCUGUGCAAAGUGGGAAGAUAUGGGUACACGGGAGGACGGAAGGCGAGGGAUGUGGGGCGCCAGAUUGGGAUGAAGCUCUCGAUACGCUGGGCGAGGUUGGGGACGUGGUCCGGACACGAGGAGCAUUGUGAUCAGCAACCGCGGAGUCAGGAUGAAGGGACGGACAGAGCGCUGGCGUCUGUUUGGGAUCAGCGAGGAAGCAGGGAGCCAAGAGCAAGGACCGAGCGGCGUGUGAUAGUGGCCAAAUGAGGAUUGGUGCCAGGAGGAGAGGCUGACAACACGCUCUCGAACAGAACCGACAAUGCCCAAGAUCUUCAAGCCAGGAAAGGUGUGCGUCAUGCUCCAGGGCCGACAGGCCGGUAAGAAGGUCGUUGUCAUCAAGCAAUACGAUGACGGUACCCGCGAGAGGCCUUACCCCCACGUCAUCAUUGCCGGUGUCGAGCGCUACCCGUUGAAGGUCAGCAAGCGGAUGGGAGCCAAGAAGCUGAACAAGAGGAGCAAGGUCAAGCCCUUCAUCAAGGUGGCCAACUACAACCACCUGAUGCCCACCCGCUACGCGCUGGAGAUGGAGCAGCUCAAGGGACUCGUCAGCCCCGAGACGUUCCGCGAGGGUGUUUCGCAGCGAGAGGACGCCAAGAAGACGCUCAAGAAGCUCUUCGAGGAGCGCUACGCGAGCGGAAAGAACCGCUGGUUCUUUACCCCUCUCCGGUUCUAAGCCACUCGCUACUACAUGCGGUUCACACAACACACACCAAAAUCAAUUACAAUGGCAGCGACGAUUCGACGGCAUCCAUUCUCACGGGAGGAGGCUUGCGAUGCCGUCGGUCGAUGCCUGUUUUCUUUCUCAUGUACUCGUACCAUGACAUCUCCUCCCACACUCUCUUCUACAAUGGGCAUCCACCACAGAUACAUUCUCAUCACUACGUCUCACGGCACAGGUGCAGCGUUUGCUCUGCUUUUCAUGAAUGACCGAGACAAAGACUACAAAUAAUUCACAGCAUUGUCCAGACUCA